GCACCGCGCCGGGCCAUGGCCAACGCGUCGCAGUGCCUGGAGGAGGGCGCCGGGCUCUGGCCGCCGCGGCCGCCCGGGCCGUACAGCGAGGCGCAGCGGCUGGCGCUGGAGGAGCUGGUGGCGGGCGGCCCCGAGGCGCUGCGGGCCUUCCUGCGGCGGGAGCAGCUGCCGCCGUUCCUGUCCGAGCCCGAGGUGCAGGCCAUCGCGCGGGCCGCGCUGCCGCCCGCCGCCGCCCCGGAGCCCGCGGAUGAGCCCUCGCUGGACGGCUCCUCGCUCACCUACUUCCCCGAGCGCUCGGACCUGGAGCCGCCGGCGCUGGAGCUGGGCUGGCCGGGCUUCGGCAGCGGGGCGUUCCGCGGGCUGACGCGGGUGGAGGCACACUUCCAGCCCGGCUGCGGGGACAGCAUCUACGGCUGCAAGGAGGCGGUGCGGCGGCAGAUCCGCUCCGCCCGGCAGGUGAUUGCCCUUGUGAUGGAUUCCUUCACAGAUAUAGAUAUCUUCAGUGACCUUCGAGAUGCCUAUAACAACCGCAAAGUCCCUGUCUAUAUCCUUCUUGACCAGGACUUUUUACCCCAUUUCUUGGAAAUGUGCAAGAAUUUGGGAGUUUGUCCUGAGCAGGAAAGUAUGAUGAGAGUUCGAACUCUCACAGGAAACAUUUACUAUCUGAGGUCAGGUGCCAAAAUUGUUGGGAAAGUCCAUGAGAAAUUCAUGUUAAUUGAUGGCAUUAGAGUGACAACAGGCUCCUACAGUUUCACAUGGUCUGAUGGGAAGCUGAACAGCAGUAACUUACUGCUACUGUCUGGUCAAGUGGUUGAACACUUUGACCUCCAGUUCAGGAUUCUUUAUGCUCAGUCGAUGCCCAUCAGCCCUAAGUGGCCGUCCAGCUGCAGGAACAGUGGGAUAUUUGAUCACCUGGUGAACAGAACAGAGUCUCCUAAAGAAUAUACUGUGGAAGGCAACUUGAGAGCAGAAUUUGCCAGAUUGUCUAGCACUCCAAAGAAACUGUUGAAAGAACUAGAUCAGACUGAAGAUCCUCCUGGAGGCAAACCUUGUAACUUGGGGCAUUCUCGCCUCUCUGAAGAGGAAUGGUUCAGUGAUCAAGUGGCCAAGGUGGAAAGGAAAAGUGUAUCGACCCAAACUGGCCCAUGGGAGGAGAAGCCUGUAGCGACUGCCUGUAACACUGCCACACAAACCCAUGCUGCCAUGGCAGAAACUGCCACUCAGGCUUCUGUGGCUGCCAGAGCGACAGGCACUCAGACUUCAGUGUUGCUGAAGACUGCAGUGACACAAACAACAGAAGAUGAGUACACUGAAACACCAGUGCUUGUCAGAAAGCUGUCAAAAGAAGGAUGUUCUCUGUCUGGAAGGGCUGUAUCAAGUUCUAGCCUGCGAUCGCUGUCUUCCUCCUCCUCGCAGUGUUCUCUUGCAAGCUCCACAGCCUCGCUGUCCUCUCUGCGGUCCUUUGAAUAUCCCAGCAGUCACAGGGCAGCCUACUUCCAAAAACUGCAUAAAGAGAGGCAGUUGCACUACUCCACUAUCCGCUCAAAGCUCAGCCACAUGGUGGGUAUCCUGUCCCGGAGGGGACGUGUGCCCGACAGCUACCUGCCCCAAUACCCGGGCACAUGCAAUCUGAAGGAGAGGCGUGACAUCAGCGCCAGCCUGCGCAGCCUCCCUCAGGUUUCGCUCUUCUCUCUGAAUAAGUGAUUAGUGCACACAAUGCAGGACAGAAAAGCUCCAGCCUCAAAUUGCAGUCACUUUGUGCUUUCUUCCACUUCCUUCCAGCACUUUCACUUUUUAAAUACACGUGUACAUCACUCCGGCACUUUGCUUAAAUUGCACACUACACUAAAACCAAUGAAAUAAGACCGGUUUAUUUAUACUCUAAGUACUUGC